AUGCGCCAGAUGGUUUUGCUGUCAGCCCUGGAUGAGUUUGGCCACCCUUGUGUGGGAGCUGUCUUGGACCUUCCGAGACUGCUGCUGUCCAAUGACGUUUUUACCGCAGGUCGGCGGCCUUUCUGGCCGAUUCUCCACGCCCGACUACUGUGCACUUGGUUUGAGGGCAUGGGCACGGGAUGUCUGACAUCGCCAGAGCAAAGACGCUCAGGCCCUGUGUGCUUGAGUACCAGCCUCACUGCAUGUUCAGAGCACACCUUGCUCUCUGUUGAUCAGAGGCCGCUUUGCUUUGCUGCAAGAUUCCGUAACGACACGGUAUCCCUUCGUCAUUAG